AUGGCGGUGGAUAUUUGGACCAUAAAUCAAGCGAUGCAUUCUAAAAGAAAGAAUAAAGAAACAUGUGAGUCUGAAUUUAGUGAUGCUGGCAGUCUACUUUUAUCCACCACAAGUAGAACAAGAAAGAAACAAAAGGGUUAUCACGGAGGGACUGGAGAGACUACAACCAUUACACACUAUGAGGUGGCUCAUGACAAGGCUACAUGCUACAAGCGUCAACCACCUAAACAACUUCCUCUAAUGAAGGCUAACGUGGCCUAUGCAGCUCUCUUGAGCACUGAUCGAGAAGCCAUUGUUGGUGGAGUUAAGACAGGAAGUCAAUUCUACAUAGUGCGUAUCAAUCAUCCUAUAGCAAAAGAUGAGCCAUUAGUGAGGCCCAUGCCUAGGUGCAGCAAUAUUGGUGAUGCUCAAGCCAAAGGAGUCUCAAUUACUUGGCCUUCUAUGUUUGUUGAAAUGAUUAAUGGUUGA